AUGUCCGACCCUCGCCGCCUCGACGGCGAGCGUGUCUACUGUCAUCAAUGCAAUCACGAAUGGGACCGCGCCCACGGAGGCCUAGUGUGCCCUCGGUGCGAAGGCGAAUUUACAGAAAUCCUCAGCGGCGAUGCGAGACCGGACAAUGACCUCCCCGACUUGGUAGACGAUGGCCCUCACAAUGUUCCACUCGAUUUCGGAUCCUUCACACCUCCGAGAUCAGCCCCACCAUUCGAGCCGGAGCAGGCACGGCGUAUGCGCACACCAUUCGACCAACACGAUCCAUGGAGGGAUGUUCCCGACCCGGAGGAAGGAGACAUAAGUACAUGGAACUUCAACACACCCGGCGGUGGUCGCGGCACAUUCUCGUGGACGUCAAGAACGUACACAACCACACGUGGUGGGCCAAACGCAUUUCCUCAACCAUUUAUGUUCGGGAACGGGCCUGCAUUCAGUCAGGGCUUCGGAGGCUUUGGCGGAUUCGGAGGCCAGGCGCGAGGUCCUCCACAACCAGGCAACAUGCAAGAUCUAUUCUCCGCCGUAUUCUCGACAAUGCAGCAGGCACAGAUGCAACAUGGAAACCAAGCCAACAACGCACAGCGCGGCACCUUCAUCUUCGGCACUGCUGGCAACGGGGCUGCACAGCCUCCAGGCAAUCCAUUCGACUUGCUUAGUGCCAUCUUCAACCCUGGCAAUGCGAGGGCAGGCGAUGCUGUCUUCUCUCAAGAAGCGUUCGAUCGCAUCUUAGAACAACUCGCGGAGCAGGGUCACAAUGCACCACCACCAGCAUCGGAGGACGCUAUCAGAUCGCUGCCCAAGAGGAAGCUCGAAAAGGCUGAUCUGGGAGAAGAUGGCAAAGCCGAAUGCUCAAUAUGCAUGGACAACGUCGAAAUCGGCACAGAAGUCACAUCUUUGCCCUGCAACCACUGGUUCCAUGAGGCAUGUGUAGUUGCUUGGCUGAAAGAGCAUGAUACAUGUCCUCAUUGUCGGCAGCCAAUCUCCAGUCACGAAAACGCAACCGGAUCUGGGUCAAGGCAACGCCGACCGAGCCGCCGAUCAAGCUCAAUAUCAGCCGCCCAUCCGUACCGGUCGUCAGAGAUGGGCUCAAACACUGGUCCAGAGAACAUGCAGGACCGCGCGGACCGCCUCGCGCAGAUGUGGCAACGGAGAAACGAAGAACGAGAUAGAGCACGAGACGGCAUGUUCGGAAGACGCACGAGCAGUCCUCAACGACGAAGUCCGAUUGAGCCAUCACCUGCACAAUAUUACGGAGGAACACAUGAGAGUCCAGACUACUACUCGGGUCGACCGGAACCAGGAAACCAACAUGGCCCGCCGAUAUUACGAGAGCUUUCCCAGAAGUUGUCUCGACGUUUCACAUUAUGGCAGUCCACAGUCAUUAUACUGCUCUCGCUCUAUGUCAGUCGCAACUUCGCCAAAAUAGUCGGGCUCGAAUCGCCCGAACCACUCGCAAAUCUAUACAGCCGAUCAUUCUUCCGUGCGACAUGGAUCACCACAGCGCUGGACGCUGGAUUCUGGACGGCCAUGCGAAUUAGGAACAAGCCUGUCCGUGACAUUGUGUCCAUUAUCUGCACUAUCUACUAUCUCAUAGCAGCCGAGCAAGCCGACGAGAAGGUCCGUAAAGUCAGGGCCGUGCUGACUGUUGAUCACCUCCGUACUGCAUGGAACAAGCCAACGACACCAUACCUAAAUUUCUUCACUUCUUUGCUGCGGCCGCACUUCACCAAGUACAAGCCUCGCCGCGUCAGGAUUCCGAGACCGAAGAACAGCGCCUAUCGCGAACCAGUCGAUGCAUGGAUGUACUUCGAUGGAACUCUUGCAGAACUCCAGCAGCAGGAGAACAUCGUCCUCGACAUUCCCGGCGGUGGGUUUGUGGCCAUGGAUCCACGCACUUCGGACGACAAGUUGCUCGCGUGGGCGGGUAAGACCGGCUACCCGGUUCUCAGUCUCAACUACCGCAAGGCGCCCGAGUACCCGUACCCAUACGCGCUGAACGAGUGUUUCGACGUCUACACUCAACUCGUCGCCACAAAAGGCGCCAUAGUUGGCAUGCACCCACAGCAUUGCCCCAGGAUCAUCCUCACGGGCGACUCCGCUGGCGGUAACCUCGCAACCGGCACGACACUGAUGAUCAUCCAAGCCAACUCUUCGCCCAGUACAUCCACACGUGGCCUGCUUCCCAGCCCAGCGGCACUCAUCCUCCUCUACCCUGCCCUCGAUAUGAACAUCGGCUCCUGGAUGACCGACGACCAGAUGGCCCUGAUUCGCAAUCCAAACACCACAAAGAAGCAUUCCAACUUCGUAAAGCGCAAGUCCGAGGACAUCGAUCGCCGCUACACGCCCGGCACACCACGACCCACCGACGACGACCCCGACCACGACUUUUUCGCACCUCGAGACCCGCCGAAACGAGAAGAUACGGACGACAUCGAAGCCCAGCGGCACACCGUCGCGACUUCCAAGCCCCAGCCCCUCAAGACCCGCCUCGCUGUCAGCUCCAUCAUCAGCUACUUCGGCGAUCGCAUCAUCACACCGGAAAUGAUGCGCGCCAUGAUUAUCCUCUAUGUUGGUCCGUAUAACCGGCCGGACUUCACCACGGACCACCUGCUGUGUCCUGCCGUUGCGCCGGAAUCGCUGCUGCAGAAGUUCCCCAAGACGUAUUUCCUGACCGGCGAGCGAGACCCUCUCGUGGACGACACGGUGAUCUUCGCGGGUAGACUGCGCCAGGCGAAGCUUGCACUGUUUCAGGAACGACACGAGAUCGGCCUAGAGCGCUCAUCCGCAACGUUCAAAGAACGGGACUGUGUCGAGGUCGUGCUCAUCCCGGGCAUAAGCCAUGGCUUCAUCCAGUUCGUCAGCAUUUUCCCUGAAGGCUGGAAGCACAUCUUUCGCUGUGCAGGCUGGAUCAGAGACGUCUUUGCUAGUGAGCCAGGCCUGUACGAGGGGCCUAGUCUGGAGAUCAGAGCGCGGCAGGGGAGUCUCAGCAAGAACGAUGCUAGUCCAUUGAGUCUGGCGAAUAUGGUUAAUGGUAAUGGGCACGCGCAUUCGGCUGGAUCGGAAAGACAUCAUAGGAGGACGCCGACGACGGACACGGAGGGGACAUGGACGGAGGAUGAGGACGCGCCGAUUAUGAUGAACAGUCGACCGCUCACCAAUGGUGCGUCCGCAGCUUUGGCAGCAUCUACCAAGGACCGCGAGGUGGAAAGGGGAGCAGGAAUCAUAGGCAUGAUCACGGAAGUGACGGGAGUAGAAGUCCGGAGCAGAGUCGAGGAGGAGGGUUUCUGA